GAAUUAUUUUGGAACUAGCACGGAGCGGUGGGAGGAGGACGAGCGGCACAGCGUUUCACAGCUGCGAGGAGGUCGUCCGGCGGUGCUGUAUAGACAAAUAUCACUUGCUGUGUCAUAGCACAUGGAUUUCAGGACCGCCUGUGAAGAGACAAAGACAGGGGUUUGUUUGCUGCAGGAUGGUAACCAGGAGCCUUUCAAAGUGCGACUGCACUUAGCCAAAGAUAUUUUGAUGAUCCAGGAGCAGGAUGUGAUCUGUGUGUCUGGUGAGCCUUUCUAUUCUGGUGAAAGAACAGUAACAAUUAGAAGACAGACUGUAGGAGGAUUUGGAUUAAGUAUAAAGGGUGGAGCAGAACAUAAUAUUCCAGUGGUCAUUUCUAAGAUUUCCAAAGAACAAAGAGCGGAACUUUCAGGUUUGCUCUUUAUAGGAGAUGCAAUUCUACAGAUUAAUGGAAUUAAUGUGAGAAAAUGCAGGCAUGAAGAAGUGGUACAGGUCCUUCGCAAUGCGGGGGAAGAAGUGACCCUAACUGUGUCCUUUCUGAAAAGAGCACCUGCUUUUCUCAAGCUGCCACUGAAUGAAGACUGUGCAUGUGCCCCCAGUGACCAAAGCAGUGGCACAUCCUCUCCCCUAUGUGACAGUGGUUUGCAUCUCAACUACCACCCCAACAACACGGAUACGUUAUCAUGUUCCUCAUGGCCAGCAUCCCCAGGACUUAGGUGGGAGAAGAGGUGGUGUGAUCUUCGAUUAAUUCCACUUCUUCAUUCACGAUUUUCCCAGUACCUUCCAGGAUCAGAUUUGUGCAGGCAAAAUGCGUUCCAAGUAAUUGCUGUGGAUGGGGUUUGCAGUGGAAUAAUUCAGUGUCUCUCUGCUGAAGACUGUAUUGACUGGCUACAAGCAAUAGCAAGUAACAUUUCCAACCUCACAAAGCACAAUAUUAAAAAAAUCAACAGGAAUUUUCCCGUAAACCAGCAGAUAGUCUACAUGGGCUGGACGGAAGAACGGGAACAAGACUCCCUUCAGGACCGAAUGUACACACCAAAGUUUCUAGCGCUGAGGGGAUCUUCCCUGUAUAAAUUUAUAGCACCUCCAGUCACAACCUGGGAUUGGACACGAGCUGAGAAAACAUUUUCAGUUUAUGAGAUAAUGUGCAAAAUUCUCAAGGACAGUGAUCUACUGGACCGUCGGAAACAUUGCUUCAGUGUCCAGUCUGAAUCUGGAGAAGAUCUUUACUUUUCUGUGGAACUAGAGUCUGACCUAACACUAUGGGAAAAAGCCUUCCAAACAGCAACUUUUUUAGAAGUUGAACGGAUACAGUGCAAGACGUAUGCCUGUGUUUUAGAGAGUCAUCUUAUGGGACUUACCAUCGACUUCAGCAUGGGCUUUGUUUGUUUUGAUGCUGCCACAAAGGCUGUGCUUUGGAGGUACAAGUUUUCCCAGCUCAAAGGUUCUUCAGAUGAUGGGAAGAGCAAAAUCAAAUUUUUGUUCCAAAACCAAGAUACUAAACAAAUCGAAGCAAAGGAGCUGGAGUUUUCUAACCUGUUUGCAGUCCUUCACUGUAUCCACUCAUUCUUUGCAGCCAAAGUGGCUUGUUUGGACCCUUUGUAUGUAGGCAGCCAAGCCACAGCUUCUGCUGCUCCCACAACUUCUGGUACUGGCAAAUUAAAGUAUUCUACUUGACAUCCCCCAUGACAGCACUGCCACUUAACAACGAGACAUAAAAAUGUAUAAAUAUUCAUAAGAUUUAGACCUUUGGUGAACCAUGUAUGUGGAAACCAAUCCUGGAGGCAAGACAUCUUGCAGCAUCAGCAGAUAAAUGGUCACGUGGGAUCAUAAUUUCAUCUCGGUUCUGCAAGACAUCAGUAAAUAAUCCUAGUCAAAACCCCAGAAUAGGAUGGAUAUGCUUUUAGUAUUAUCUAUUUGUACUUACAUAGUGCUUUAAGCAACAGUGGAAGCAAAGGAAUAAAUGGCGAAAUGAAGCACUUGAGUAGUUAAUAAAAUUUUGAAAUUGCUGUAAUAAUACACAAAUAGAAUUGUCAUUUUCCUCUUUUCAGAUGUUUUUUAAUGACAAUAUGCUAAACUCUGAGUAUGAACAUAAUGCCCUAUCAUUAUAUUAUAAAUGAGACCAAGCAUACAGUACAUGGUGACAAAGGAGAUAAGCAUGAAAAGACAUUUGUGUAAGUACCUCCUCAAAUAAGAAAGCACUUUAAGCACUGUUGUAAAUCCAUACUUGUUUUCAUACAUGGAAUCAUGCUGCUUUUUCCAUUUUGUUCUCUUCAUCCAACAGGAACAACAGCAAACAUAUAGCCAUACUGGUCUGAUACAUUAAAAACAAAACAAAACAAGCCACAAAAACAAAAAACACUUUUUCAUGGAUAAGUCCCUCUUCUUCAAGUAAAAAUAAUGACAUAUCAAUUUAAUU